UCAAAUAGUUGUCAUCCCUAAUUCCUGGCGCGCCGACGGCUGUGGGUCUCGCACCAUCGCCUCCCAGCUUAUCGAGUGCGGAAGUCCGGCGUUCCCACAUCCUCGCUUUUUCUCGUUUUAUCUAAAGAUUUGGGGAUAGAAAAGAUGUUGUGGAAUAUCGCACGGGCGGCGUGGAAUCUGAGCAUGGCGCGGAGGCUCUCCGUCGUGAUUAGGGGUUCACUUUCAAUCGCCCCAAAGAGUGGAGCACUCCAUGAUCCAUGGGUGAAGAAACAUGGUUUGCCUUUUAUCAGUUCUAAGAGGUUUUCCACGCUUGAGUCUCAAGCAAAUGAGGGUCUGAUUCCACCAGAGCUGUUAACAAAUCAAACUGUGUUAAGGCCAGACCAUGAUAUAGGGCAAUAUGCAGACUUAGUAACAAGAGUGACAAAUUUCCAUAAUGAGGAUAAGGGCUUCAUGGUAUUGGCUGGUGAUGUUUUCGAUGUGCCAAUUAGGAAGGAUAUCGUUCAUCGAGUUGUAAGGUGGCAGCUUGCAAAACGACAACAGGGAACACACUCAACCAAAACAAUUAGUGAAGUAAGUGGUACUGGGAAAAAGCCAUACAGGCAAAAAGGCACCGGGCGCGCAAGACAUGGGACUUUGCGAGGGCCGCAGUUUAGGCAUGGUGCCACCAUGCAUGGGCCGAAGCCACGAAGUCAUGCAAUCAAGCUGCAAAAGAAGGUUCGACGACUAGGACUAAAAAUUGCUUUGUCAGCUCGAACAGCUGAAGGCAAGCUUUUAGUUUUUGAGGAUUUGGCAAUUCCUAGCCACAAGACUAAGAACAUUGUUAAUUAUGUCUCCCAAAUGGAGAACACGAAGAAGAUUUUGUUGGUAGACGGUGGUCCUGUAGAUGACAAACUGAAGUUGGCAACAAGAAACCUACGUUAUGUGAACGUGUUGCCUUCAAUUGGUCUGAACGUUUACAGCAUCCUGCAGCAUGACACGCUUGUCAUGACGCGAGAUGCUGUUAACAGGAUUGUUGAGCGGAUGCAUACUCCCAUCAACCGCUGAGGCUGGCAAGCUGAAAAUGUGGAGUUUUUGUUGACCGGCUGGUGUAGGAUUUUCUCUUUUUUUAAAAAAAAAAAAAUACACAAGUUGGAAUGAGUAAUUCUGCUCUUUUGGUUGCAUGUCCAGAAUGCCUACUUACCAGGGCUUCGGCAUUCAAGUCAGACAAGCUAGAAAAAUUUGGCCUUCCAGCUUUUCAUGCGUGCCGUGCCAGUUUGAGAUCUUUAUUGGGUUUAAUUUUACUAGUUACAUUUUUUUAGCCCACUCAAGCCUUGGUGGUUCUCAUUGAGGCAUAAGUUAUGUGGCAUUGAUCAAAAAAGAUGGAAUGUAAAGUUUAAUGAGCAAAAUUGUAUCAAACAAGGUAGACGUGCUGGCGAAAAAGUUUAGAUGUUGCUCAUUAGCAAGACCUCAAAUUGCCUUGCUGUUCGCAUCAGUUAUUGAUAAAUAGCAAUUUGAAGUAUUUGGAGUGAA